AUGUGACAUCAGGCACAUCUCUCGCUUGGCUGGGUCUCUGGCAGCCCCGGAGCAGCUUUGUCAAAUCCCAGCCCCGAUACUGGGGUUUGUGCGCGCAGAGGUGCCGGCGGCACGUCCUGGCUGCCGCCAGGGCUGCUCGGCUCGGGCGUGCAGGGUCUGCUCCAGAGAGCGCUCCGGCCGCUGGGGGCUCGCCGGGAACGAUGGAAUUUGAACUCUGGAAACCAUCCACAAAGUGAAAAGACAGCGGUUGGGCAGAUAGGGCUGAGAUGGAUGAUGAGAGAAGAAAUCAAAAUGCCAGCAAAGGGCAAGGAGCCGGAGGCCAGGCAUCUGCAGCGACUCCGUGGAGCCCGCUGAUGAGGGACUUUGUUUCAGACUGGUCUCCUUUACAUGAGGCUUCUAUCCAUGGGCGUCUGCUUUCCCUGAAGAAGCUCAUUGAACAGGGGAAUGAUGUCAAUCUUGUUACAGCAGACCAGGUGUCUCCUCUCCAUGAAGCCUGCCUAGGGGGUCAUGCUGCCUGUGCCAGUGUCCUGUUAAAACAUGGUGCUCACGUGGAUGGAGUGACUGUUGACUGGCACACACCACUGUUCAACACUUGUGUCAGUGGUAGUGUGGCUUGCUUGAAUUUAUUGCUGGAGCAUGGAGCCAGCCUACACCCACUCUGUGACCUGGCAUCCCCCAUCCACGAAGCUGCUAAGAGAGGUCAUGUGCAAUGUGUCGAACUCCUUGCAUCCCGUGGGGUAAAUAUAGAUCACAACAUCAAGCACCUGGGUACUCCGCUUUAUGUAGCAUGUGAGAACCAGCAAGUGAACUGUGCCAGGAAGCUGCUGGAGUCAGGAGCGAGUGUGAACAGCGGCAAGGGCCUGGAGUCCCCUCUGCACACGGCUGCCAGGAACUGCAGCCCGGAGCUGGUGAAGCUGCUGAUGGACUUUGGAGCAGACGUUUGGGUGAAGAAUGCUGAAAACAAGAGGCCAGUGGAGCUGGUCCCACCUGGCUGCCCUGUGGGCCAGCUGCUCCUGCAGAGAGAAGGGCCACUGUCCUUGAUGCAGCUGUGCCGCCUGUGCAUCAGGAGGUGCUUUGGAUACAAGCAGUAUCAAAAAAUAACUGGACUGCUCCUCCCAGACGAGCUCAAACAUUUCCUUCUCCACAUUUGAGUGCUUUCAUGUUCAAAAUGGUGCCUUUAAUAACACAGAAAGAAAUGGGUCCUGCUGCCACAGACCGAAGUGCAGUUGUGACCACUCUCUGCUCAUUUGGGUGCUCCCCUGGGGAUAUCAGCUGCCUGACAGAUGUGGGAGCAAGAAUGCUGAGAUUCCAGUUCUUCUUCCCUCGCCCUGUUUCCUUCUGAGUUCUAAACCAAAGUGCAUCUGCCUCACCUGGGAGCAGCAGCAUGCCCAGCACCCUGAGGGGCUUCCAUGGCACCCCUGAGCUGAAGGGGCAGCCACAAACUUCGGUGCUUCUGGAGAUCCUUUUUCACUUCGCUGUGGAGACUCUGAAAGAGUGGGCUGGGAGUGCAAAAACUGCUGACAUCACUAACACCAGCAAUGAGAGAUAGAGUCCUCAGAAGUGGAGAGACUGGCAGCCUUCUAAUAUAUGAAAGCUGAUUUUGGUGCUCACCAGUGUGCCAGUGUGAGCAGUGCCAGCCUGCCUUGUGCAGGUGGAAGUUCAGAGAGGAGAGGUCAAAUGCUACCUGGAUGCUGCUGUAAAUCACAAUUCAAAUCCUUGUCUGCACAACCUGUCUGCUGGCUAUAGGAGUGUGAUGGUUUGAUUCUUUCUGUUGACCAAACACAGAACAGUUCUGUUGAGUUUGUGGAGCACUCAAUUGUACUACAAAUGGGUACAAAAUGACAAACACAGUUAGGUCUCUAACUCCUCUGGUGAUAGAGACACUUGAGAAUGUGUCACUUAUCUGACCCUAUUCAUCACACAUAUUUAAGCCAUGUAAAAAUCAACUGGCUGGUUUAAGAUGGCCUUCUAUAUAUGGUUUUCCUCAUGCCUAGGAAGAAAAAUAGACGUCUGUCUUCACAGAGGUUAAAUAAAAGCAGGUAUCUGGGAUGGGAAAGUUAUAUUCUUCUAAAAUCACUGUCUUAGUAAAGCUCAAUCUGCAUUGAACAGGCAGGGAAUGAACAAGGAACCUGGUGCUUAAUUUUUGGACAAUAAAGUGUGCUUUGGUAACACAGUGGAACACUGGAGAUCCAUCUCAUUAUAUUCUAGAUGAUGAAGAAACAUUUUUGUAGGUACUAGUUUUACUUUCAUCUUUAGGCAUCUUAUUUUGUAACUUCAGCCAAUGGAUUUAUAGGAGUAAUUAUAAUACCAGGUGAAAAUUGCUCUGAGAACCAGGUGAGGGUGUUGCUUCUAGUUUGCUUUUCUUAUAAAAAUUUCAUGGUAUGACUCUGUUUGCUUGAAUUUCUCUGCCCAAGUGGAAUUAGGAUAAAUUCUGUAUGCUCAGCUUGUAUCAUCUCAGUGUGUUUACUUAUUUAUUUUCAUAAAAUUUGUGGCCAACACUGGUGAUUUACAGCUUUAUGCAACUCAUAUACAGUUAUAAACUGUAAAAGUACAAGAUGCAAACUGAAUAAGCUCACUAUAGGUGAGGUUUGGAUUUUUUCUAUAUUGAAACCAUUCAAAAUGUAAUGCAGGACUUAAAUGAUAAUCAUGAAUAUAUUUAAUCACAUUUAAUCACAUUUUUUCCUAUUUUUAUGUUAAUGGUUUAAUGCUACUUAAGCCACACAAUUUUGUAGGAUAUUUUCUCAGAAAUAAAUAGUUCAUACUCUUUUGCUUAAAAA